AUGGCUAAGGAAGUUACCGACAUCAAGGAAUUCUUGGAAUUGACCAGAAGAGCCGACGUUAAGUCUGCCACCGUCAAGGUGAACAAGAAGUUGAGCAAGACUGGUAAGGCUUUCAGACAAACCAAAUUCAAGGUUAGAGGUUCCAGAUACCUUUACACCUUGACCGUCAACGACGCUGGUAAGGCUAAGAAGUUGGUUCAAUCUUUGCCACCAACUUUGAAGGUUAACAAAUUGUAA